UGUGGUAUUCAUAACAUAAAAUCUAGUGACAAUAUUUAUAGUGAAGAAUUUAGUGAAAAUAUUUGUAAUAUAGAUUCUAUAGGACCUAAGGUUGUUCAUAGCGAAGAAACUAAUAAUGACAUUGAGUGUUUAAAGCCUAGUGAUGAUAUUUCUUGUAUAGAAUUUAGUAAUAAUGCUAAUGACACAAAAUCUGAUGAGAAUAAUAAUAAUAGCGUAGAUUCUAAUGAACAUUGA